ACAGUCAUCUACACAUAAACCAGUGGCAUUUGUAUCGAACGAAAAUGUUAAUGCGUUUUGUGUCAGCUACACUGAUUGUGCUGGUCAGUUUGUGGCACUAUGGAUGUGCUUCGAGGAUACUCGGUGUAUUUCCAACCCCUUCGAUCAGUCAUCAAAUAGUAUUUCGCGCCCUCACCCUUGCGUUGAGGGAACGAGGUCACGAACUCGUUGUUGUGACACCUGAUCCUGUCAACGAUCCAAUGUUGACCAACUACACGGAGAUUGAUCUUCACUUUCUCUACCCUGAUUCCGACGAUGGUGAGAAUUGGAUUAUGACUUUGGCGAAGGAAAGGUGGACCGAUAUCCAGGAUGCCUACUUGUCGAUGGUUCUGUCACAAACCGAACUCAUCCUUGAUCAUCCUGAACUGAGGAAGCUGUACGCACCAAACAAUGGCGAAAAGUUCGACUUGAUGAUGAUUGAGAUGCUGUAUUAUCCUGCUCUAUUACCUCUCGCCACGCGAUUCGAUGUUCCGGUUGUGGGUAUAACAUCUCUGGGUCUAAGUUUGAGUAUUCACUACGCGAUUGGCAAUCCUAUCAUCCAUUCUCAUUCAUCGAAUUGGGAUACAGAAGAAAGGAUUUUUGGCGAGGCAACACUUUGGCAAAGGCUAAAAAGUUUUGUAUGGGUAUGGAAAUUUUUAUAUAAAUACCGAACUCGUUACAUGCCGGCGCAACAAGCAAUGGCGAGAAAAUAUUUUGGAAACGACAUUCCUGAUAUCAGCGAUAUCGAGCGGAACGUCAGUUUGGUUUUCGUCAACCAGCAAACACCGAUUUCAUAUGUCAGACCAAAUAUUCCUAAAGUCAUAGACAUUGGUGGAUUUCACAUCGCAAGGGAAAUCAAGCCUCUUCCGAAGGAUCUUGAAAAAAUUUUGGACGAUUCGAUGCAAGGCUUUAUUUACAUGAGCCUUGGAUCAAAUAUCAAAAGUAUAAUGUUGAGUGAUGAAGCGCGUGGAGAAUUCGUCGCCGCGUUUUCGGAACUGCCAUACACUGUUAUUUGGAAAUUUGAGGACGAUUUUCUUGCAAAUAAGCCAGAAAAUGUCAUAAUUAUGAAGUGGACUCCGCAGCAAUCGAUUCUGGCACAUCCAAAUCUAAAAGUUUUCAUAUACCAAGGAGGACUUCAAAGCACAGAGGAAGCGGUUUCUCAUGGCAUUCCUGUAAUUGGAUUACCAGUAUUCACCGACCAGUAUGUGCACGCCAACAAAAUGGCCAGUCUGGGUGUUGGAAUAAAGUUGAACAUCCAUUUCGUCAACAGGCAUGACAUACUCAAAGCAAUACGCACCGUUGUGCUUGAUACAAGCGACAAGAAACGGAUGAUGAACUUGCGGAAUUUGCUUGAAGAUAAACCCUACGAUUCUUUAGAGAACGCUAUUUGGUGGACGGAACACGUCAUACGUCACAAGGGAGCUCCACAUUUGCAUUCCACUACGGCUGACGAGCCGUGGUAUCAGCGUCAAGAUAUGGACAUUAUUUUCAUAAUUUCCGCCGGAUCUCUCGUGACUUUAAGUUUUGUAUUAGUUGUAUUCUACAAGUUGUUGAUCUGCAGUAUUCGUGCCUUCAAUAAGUUGAGGGCCAGACAAAAAGACAAACUCAAUUAA